AUGAGUGCUAUUAUGAUACCUUCAGGUCCCGAGAGUGGCCGCGUACCUUAUGAUCUUAGACUCAAAACGUUUCUCCAAGAGUUUUCCGUAAUCUUAAAAGAGAAGAACAAGACUAUUACAAAUCUUCAGGAGAAGUUAAUUCAAGUCGAAAACGAACGUGAUUUAUUGAAAUUUGCAUCUCAAAAUCUGGACAAAAUUACACCAGCCAAAUCUAUAAUUAAUAAGCCCCUUAAACAAAAAAGCAAUCAAAGCAACGGAAAUGCUAAUUUAGACAUAAAUAUACAAAGUGCCGACUUAAACAAAGAAAACAACAGAUCAUUGUACAUCCCCUUGCCUGUGACACCUCCCAAUGGUGUGCUUUUAAAAUCAGUAAAUAACUUAACUGAUAGCAUGUCCGAUGAGUCGUUCAAGCCAAGAAACCACAAAAAGCUUUCCAAAAUCCUAAUUAAUAAGCAUCCUAAACAAAGGACAAGCCAAGACGUAGAAAGUAUCUAA